GAGAGAGAGAGAGCGCACACCCCCAGUCUACGGCAGGCGCAUGCUCGGUGGCGGCGGAGGCGGAGCCUUUGGUGUUGGUUGUUGGGUUCCGGGCUCAGGCUCCCGAUCUCGGCGUCGUGUGAUCCCUCCCCCUCCCGGCGCCUCGGGCGGCAGAUUAUUCAUCAAGGAUACUAUAUUCAAGAGAAAGUUUACAUUCUAAGAUGAUGAAUGCUGACAUGGAUGCUGUUGAGGCUGAGAACCAAGUGGAACUGGAAGAGAAAACACGACUUAUUAAUCAGGUGUUGGAACUGCAGCACACACUUGAAGAUCUUUCUGCACGAGUAGAUGCAGUCAAGGAAGAGAAUCUGAAACUGAAAUCGGAAAACCAAGUUCUUGGACAGUAUAUAGAAAACCUUAUGUCUGCAUCUAGUGUUUUCCAGACAACUGACACAAAAAGCAAGAGGAAGUAAGGAGUUGGUCUCUGGUUUACUUCUUGGUAUUGCUGCUGGGCUUGCUUUUUUUUCUCCUUUUCAAUCUGCGUAGGCUCUCUACAAGUUAAAAAACCUUAGUUUGUGGUAUAGGUGAAUUGAAAGCACUAACAUAAUUGGAAGUACCAGUGAGUUUAUGUAUAUGUUAGAAUUUGAAAAUGUAUUGUAGAGACUUUAUAAUUAGAAUUGCAUAUAUUUGUUAUGAAACUUGAAGAUGGAUGUUUUGUCAAUAUUGGAUUUAAUUUGUAGGGUUAAGCUAAUGGCUAACUCAUUAAAACAGAAUCACUUAAAGCUGGAAGUUAACAAAAUAACUUCCAUUUUGUGGAAAAGUGACCAAAAUCAUAUUCUAAAAUGUAUAGCUUUAUCUAACUUGCCAACCAUCUUGUGCCUCUUUCCAUUGUUACCUUUGUUUUCAUCACCACUUACCCUAAAAUUUGGUCACUUAACCUAUAAAACUAUUCAAAUACAAGAACCCAAUCCAUAUGAACCAAAUAAAAGCUUUUCUCAACUGGGACCGUUUAUCAUAAUCUGAUGAGUUAGGCCUCUUGGCUUGCCCCUAACAAACUGAAGAAGAUAGACAAAUGGCAUUAAAAAAAUAAGAUUACUCUUUGGGACCUUCACUUGCUAUGGGAAAUUAAUGCAUAUUCAUAAUAGGAAUACAUUUCAUAAAAAUAAUUCCAGAUUGCAUCUCAAAAAUAAAUAUUUGAGCCAACUGUAAACAAAUUAACUUCAAAUACAUCCCAAUCUCUGCCUAACAUCUAGUCUCUUUGAUCCAUAUGGGGUUGUCAUUUGGGAGAAAAGUGUCAUAGUAAUAGUAAGAAGUUUAAACCUAACUAUCCAUUAGCCAGAUAUCAAUUUUCAAGGUCUUUAGUGCCCAGAAAGAGUAACAUUUGCAAACACCUUUUAGAGUUUAUCAGUAUUACAUGCUUAAAAUGGCAGAGUUUUGCUUGUAGUACAAGUUAAUUAUCAAUUUUUGAACUUCUCCCUAAUUAUUUCCAAACCCAACUAUUUGGGUUUUAGGCAUGUUUUGGUAAAUAUUUUUUUUUAAUUCCAGUACAGAUUCUACUUAGCAUGGGAAUCUGAAUAUCUGUUGAGAAUUUAAUGUAAAUAUGUUUUAGUUAUGGCAAAGGGAAAGAGACCCACUAUUGUUGGUUACAAUAUUGGCUUUAUUAGACUAGAGCCAUUUUUAAUCAAGGAGUGAUCUUAUUUUUUUUGUAUGGAUAUGAAACUAGACAAAGUGAUUUUAGCUGUGUGUGUUGUGUGUGCGUGUGUAUAUACAUACACAGAUAUAUAUAGUAGUCAAACAUUUUGCAUCCCAUUUGUGAACUUUUACUUAAUUUAUGAACACUUAAAAUUGUAUUGCAGUUCUGAAUUUCUGUUAAAUAAAAGGUUUUUUGUUA